AUGCGAAGGUUGCUGGCGACAGUGGUGACUGUGGCGGCGGCGAUGGCGACGGCGGUCGCCGUCGACGCCAACCUGAACGCGACGCUUCGACCGCCGGCUGGCGACGUCGUCGAUCGCCUUUGCUCGGUCUACGAUCCAUUCAAAGUCCUGCCCGACAAUAACAAGGUUUUUUUUUUGGUUGAUAGGAUGGGUUGAUAAUCAUUCGGCCCGUGGUCUUUUUGUACCUGUCAAUAUAAAAUCAUUAAUCAGGUAAGCCGGUUUGAGCCAAUAAGAUGAGGAAUGCGUACCUUAUCUUUGUGAAUCCAAGAAUCAAGAAGCGAUCUUCCAGACCCAAGUUUCUUUUUUCAGCUCCCCCCUAUUAUGGGAAAAUUUUAAAAACGAUCCUCUUUUCAGUUCCAAAUCGGCGGCAGUUUCCCGCUGCACGAGGACGACUGCACGACGUUGAGACCUGAGACCGUUCAGGAGAUUGUGGCGAUCCAGUGGGCCUUGACUCAUUGGAACCAGAACCCAUCCAAUGCCAACGCCAAACUUGGUAGGAAUCAAAAUAAGACCCCAAAAAAUAGGUGAAAAACUAGAGAUUUCAUGUGUAGGUGAUAGUUUGAAUCAGCAGUAUUGAAAAAAGAGCCUCAAAGAUCGACAGUAAAAACAAAAGUUGAACUUGAAAUACCUGGGAGAAAAUAGAAAGAUCAAAUGUAGGUGGAACUUUGAAUUAGAAGGAAGAGAAAAUUUCAUUGGCUGAUAAGAUCGAUGUACUAUAUUCACACUUUGAUUUUGUACAAGUUCCAAAAAAGACCACAUCAAUCUCAAAGGGGAUUAAAUUUUCAGUUUUUUUUUAUAUUAUCGACCUUUUUAACUUUUAAAUAUUAUGAAAAAAACCUUUGAACGUACCAUAAAAACUCACAAAAAUACGGAGUACAGAUGAAGAAUCGGAAAACUUACUUCAAAAAAUGAUGGAAAACAAAUUUUUGAAAAAAAAAAUUACUGUAGCUUGAAAGUACGCAUUCUGUCGUGUAUGCAACUCCUAGUAGUUCAUUUUACGCGCAUUUUUCUCAUUUUUUUCCCAUUUUUCUCAUUUUUCUUUUCUUCUUUUUUUCUUAUGCAGUUUUCGAAGUUAUUAAAAGUUGAUUUUUCAUUUGUUUAGGAUAAUUACGCGAAAUCGCUAGAAAAAUUGGGUCCUACACCUGGAUGAUGACUUUGACGCGCGAGUUCAAAACUUUGAAUAAAAAUGCCCAAAUAAUUGGUUUUUGGAGUAAGCCGCCAUCUCUUUGAAGGACCCUAUUUUGUCAAGACUUGCGAGAUUCCAAUUUUACGUACUUUGCGUAAUUAUUUUAAACUAAUAAGAAGUGAAUUUCAAAAUCUCAAUUUGAGCGCAGCAUCAACUUUUUUUAGCUAUUUUUUUCAUUUUUUUAAAUUGAUGUACCAUUUUCAAUUUUAAUUGCUCAAAAAGUUCACUAAGAAGGUUUUUUUGUAAAGGAAUCGAGUGCUGAAAAAAAGGAUUUUGUACAGGUACCUAAUUUUUUUCAUGUUUCAAAUAUUUUUUUGCAGGACUCUACGCUGGCGACACCUGCUCCCGCUCACCGGAAUCGUUGUCCCAGUCUUUGAGGUUUCUCGACUCGGUUGGCUACCACGAGCCGAAGGAAUGCCGCACCGAAACUCCAGGCGCCAAACUUCUUGGUUUACAAAAAAUGAGAAAAAUAAAAAAUAUAAUAAUUUGAAGGCCUGAUCGCCCCGAAAGACUACGCCUCCUCGAUGUCGCUUGGCACAUUCCUGACGGUUUCAACCAUUCCUGUUGCCGCCUAUUCUUCAGCUUCUGUCAAUGCUAUGACUGAACUCAAAGUGGCCAAUACUAUCGCCACAGCGCCGACGAUCGGGGUCUAUGUCGAGGCUUUGAUUCGGUUCGGGAAGAAGAAAAAUAUAGAUUAUCGGUUUUUGAAUUUGUAGGUUGAUGGGACAGCUCCAGUCGAAUCUGGUCACGGUGGUUGAUGACGGCAGCAAGUCUCCCAUCGUCAAAAGGUGUGAAAAACAGAGAAAAUGGCAUUUUUCCGGCAUUUUUAUCAAAACUUCAUCUUAAUUUCUCUCAAUGCUUCAGGUUAUUGGAAAAAAUAUAAAUUUUAGAUACGCCAUUUAAUCCAUAAUUUACUAUUUUGAGGAUAUUUCUGAUCUUUUUCAGAGUGAUUGAGCAACUGCGCGAGGCGGAGAUCUACGUCUCGGAAACGGUUCCAAUCGAUCAUCCCUUCCUGGCGCAGGCACUCGACGACAGCGACUCGGCCAUUGUUGUCAGCGUCCUCAACAAGAAGCAGGUAUCAUAAAUAGAAAAACAUUAAUUCGAAAAAAAUAAACAUUUCCAGCUGAUGGGAACGGUUCGACACCCGUCGAUUUACAGCAUGGAGAAACUUUGGAUCUCCAUUCCGACCGAGGUUUUUAUUAGGAAUUUUCUUAAAAUCGUGUUUGGAAGAGGUGCGGAUAAAAAGCAGCCCUCAAAAAAUUUCAAGAAAAAUUGAAGUAACAAAAGCUAAGCAGACCAAAAUGCAGCUCUCAAAAUUUAAGCAGACCAAAAUGCAGCCCUAAAAGAGUUAAGCAGACCAAAAUGCAGCUCUCAAAAACUUUAAGCAGACCAAAAUGCAGCUCUCAAAAUUUAAGCAGACCAAAAUGCAGCCAUCAAAGAGUUGAGCAGACCAAAAUGCAGCCCUCAAAGAGCUAAGCAGACCAAAAUGCAGCCCUCAAAGAGCUAAGCAUGCAGCCCUCAAAAAGUUAAGCAGACCAAAAUGCAGCCCUAAAAGAGUUAAGCAGACCAAAAUGCAGCUCUCAAAAACUUUAGGCAGACCAAAAUGCAGCUCUCAAAAUUUAAGCAGACCAAAAUGCAGCCAUCAAAGAGUUGAGCAGACCAAAAUGCAGCCAUCAAAGAGUUGAGCAGACCAAAAUGCAGCCCUCAAAAAGUUAAGCAGACCAAAUUGCAGCCCUCAAAAAUUUCAAGAGGAAAAAAAUUAAAGUUCCAGAAGCUAAGCAGACCAAAAUACAGCUAUCAAAAUUUAAGCAGACCAAAAUGCAGCUCUCAAAACUUUCAAGAAGGCAUAAUUGAAGUUACGGAAGCUAAGCAGGCCCAAAUUCAGCUCUCAAAAUUCAAGCAGACCAAAAUGCAGCCCACAAAGAGUUAAGCAGACCAAAAUGCAGCUCUCAAAGAGUUUGAGCAAACACAAAAUAGAAUAUUUUCAAUUUUAAAAAUAAUAUUUUUGAAAUCAUUAAUUUAUUUUUUCAGGGCGAAGCUCUUGACAACGUCGAGCAAAGCCUGAUACUUCACAAAGAAGCGAAACUUGAGGUUGAUUUCAAUAUUGGACUUUGAAAAUCAUUCAAUUUUCAGAUAAUAUCUCUGCAACCGAAAUACAAGGAGCUGCCCCAAUUCCGCGAUUAUUUCAUCCGCGUCCUGAAAAACAAUUAUCAAAACUAUCAACUGUUGACGUCAUACGUUCAACAAGUGUUUAAUUGCACGGAAACUUCAUGUGAACUCGAUAAGAAUGCAAUGUUGGAGAGCUAUGUUCAGGUAUGACAGGGAAUAUUUUUAAAUUCAAAAAUGUUUUAGUCGAGGACAACGGAAGCUGUUAUCCGAAUGACUUAUGCGUUUGCCGCGGUUGCGUCGACGAUCGGAAGUAGCUCGUUGAACGAGAAAAUUUGGUAAAAUAUUGAGAGAAAAAGUAUAGAAGAAAAUCUUCCACGCGAGACUAUUUUCAAUAGAAAACACCGAUUUUUUGCACUUUGCAACUGUGAAAAAGACAGCAAAAAUGAUCUGAUGAUAGAAGUCGAAUUUUCAGUUCUCAUCCGAGCGCAGAAUGCACACGACUCAUCAUGAACACCCUGCUCUCGACAGACUACGAAUUCGGGCUCAACGACCCGCCAGAAUUCAUCGGCGAACGUUUACAGUUCUACAAAGGUACCUGAAUGGCCCUGAAACAGGAAUAAUUCUUUGAAACUUCUCUCAGGAAGCGACACGACCCUAUUGGCGUCCGGAAUGACCGUGGAAGCCUUGGAGAUCUACAACGAAAACGGCUCGCCAGUUACCGUACGCCUGCUGUCUUUCACCACCGGAGCUCCGCCCACCGUCGUGACGUCAUCGCUGAGGUCGGCCGACCAGCGGAUGCGAUCCAUCUGCGCUCCGUAUCGACCUUUCUGUGGGCAAUGUCCCAAUCUUCAGAAUGUCAACUCUGAGGUGAACUUUGAAGAAAAUGCCUUUUUUAUAGAAAUGGAAGUUUUUUUUGAAAUUUAUAAAGUUUUAGGUCUUUUCUGAGGUAAUUUUAAGUGAAAAUUUGAGCGGAAACUUUGAGGAAAAAAGUUGAAAAUGUUUAAAUUUCAAAUUUUUCAGCGCCACUUCCUGUCGAUCCCACGGCACUAUCCGAUCUACCUGGUCGGCCUCUUCGACCUCCACUCCGGUGGGAGCUGCAAAUCGAUGAAAAACACGGACAUCAGCCUCCCAAUGGCCUUCGUCCACACGGUGUGGACCUUCAAGCAGCGAUUCCCCCAGUUGGAACUCCUCAAGAACCUUGACUUUGGCGCCCUGUUGGUCGACAGUUGCUCCUCGGGACGAGAAGCCAUCGAAUCGGUGGUCCGGUCAGAAACUCAAUGUUUCCGGUUCAACCAGGCCGGCAGGAACAUCACCAUCGUGCCCGGAUCUGUCUUUGGUGAAUAUUGGGAUUUGAAAAAUGCUUGUUUUUGGACGGAGGAGCAUCAUAGAAGCAUGCAAAGUCGUUUUGAAACUUUCUGAAACAUGUUUGAAAAAUUGUUGUUGAGUUUCUACAGCUUCAUUGGAAGCAUGGUCACUCUAAAAUCAUUUUCGUUUCGAUUUUCUAACUUUUUGAAUUACAGGGUAUGCUUCUGCGCUCCACGGAGACUCCCAGGAAGCUCUGAAGGUAGAAGAUUUAUCAGAAUUUACUGAAAACACCUCAAUUUUAGGGCUACUUCUCGUCGGGUGACACCGACGCAGCCCUCGUCUCCGUUGAUGCCGAACAUUCUGCGCUCCAUCGCGCUUUCACCGCCCUGCCUUCUGGAAGAAGUCAAGCCCUGGCUCUGCUCCGAUUCUUGACCAGGAUGCAUUGGCAGUUCGUGACGGUCGCCUUGAGCGAACAGGAUCCCGAAUCUCUUGGCUUGUUCCGCAGUUUUGAGCGCCUGGCGCUGGAUCGAGGAGUUUGCCUGGCUGAGGUGAGAUUUUGGGAGUAGUGCCGCUGAACUAUCUCUGCCUGGUAGUUCAAGUUCGAGGUUGAACAAUGGGGGAGGAGACAGAACAUCUCGAUUGUAUAUAUAUAUUUAAUUUUUGAGCUGGAGCAACUCGUUCACUUUCUAAAAGCUCUUAUUGUGAAAAAAUCAGAGUUGAGGAAGAUAACUAUCGAAUAACUUGACUUGGAAGCUUCUUUUUAUGAUUUUUUGGAAGAUGGAUAUCCUAUAGCUCAUGUCAGAUUGUUACAGAAUCGCUAUUCCCUUUCUGGAUUUUUUUUUUCUAAUCCUUGAGUAGGGACACUUUAUAAAGUUGGAAAAGCUUUCAAUGCUGGAAUUUUUCGAACAAGUUGAACUUGAAAGAGGUCCAGUUCAAGCUAAGACCUGAAUUUAUGGGUCUGAAACACUUUCCAGCGAGUUUUGCAUAGAAUUUGUGCAGUGAAAGUCCAUCUAGAGUAAAGUUUAGUCCGUUUUUCACAAUUUGAAAGUGCGACACUUCUCUGCGCCCUCCUCGUCUCUCGUGCUAUUUUCAUGUUUCUCUGACCUGAGGGAACAGAGAGACGCAGAGACGAAGUCGCGUUGGACGGACUAUAGAUCAUUUUGGAUCUCAAAUUUUGAGUAAGGUCGACGAUUUUCGCAAAAAUUGAGCCUGAACCGAUUCCCCUGGACCUACCCUUGAACUAGAUGAGCCUAGAGAGGAAGUUGGAGCUGGACCAGCUCUUCCAGUUCGAACUCUUUAGUGGAUCUUUUUGAACUUCAGUGUUUUGGAGCAACCUGGAAUUUCUAGGUCGUCAAUAUUGGCAGCCGAGUCGAAAAUCUGCCCAUCGGUACCACGACCAACGUCACUGUGGUUUUUGCGACGGCGAGAGACGCGGCCAAUUAUUUGUCACUGGCUAAAAGAUCCACCAGGAAUGUUGUCCAUGUCAUGAUGGGCGAUUCUCACGAUUGGUAGGGAGAAAAAUGAACUUAUUCUGAUAAUUUUUUGGUUUAGGUACCUCUAUGAGCCGAGCAGCAAGGAGAGCUUCACCGGAACGGUUUCUGUACAGCCUCGGGUUAGUGAUGGGAAAAAAAUCAAGAAAAAAUUCAAAAAGAGACAAGAUAAGAGUUAUUUUCAAAACGAGCUUGAGUGAAUUUUCAAAAGAAAAAUGGGGAAUUUUUUGAUUUUUUUUUUUCAUUUUCCUGAACGUCCUGGACGCAAUUCUUGAGUAUAGCUGGGAAAAUGUGAAUUUAUAGUCUCUUAACUUUUUUCAAGUUCUUCGAAAUUUAUAAUCUGUGCACUUCUUCACAGAAAUUUCAAAAAAAGCUUCAAAAAUUCAAUUUUUACUGUCACCAACACGUUUUGGAACCAUUUCCGGAAGAGAAAAAUGCUUAAAAAAUCAAAAAAAAAACCACAAUUCGCAAAAAGUUAGCUGAAAAAAGAAAGUCAACGAAAAAAGGGUCCUGACACGAUAAGAAAAGAGACAGUGCCUGGUUGGUGGAGGGCGCAGACAGGCCACGCCCCCUUGCGUCUUAAAAUGAUCUUGAAUCGACUAUAUAAGGGUUUUAAGCUUUUUCAGCUUUCUAUCUUAAUUUUUUUGAGCUUUUUAAUUUUUGAAGCAUUGUCAUUGGACUAUGAGGGAAAAUUCAAGAUUUUUCCCUUUUUUUGGAAACAGGAGGUCUCAAAGUAUAUUACAGAGAAGUUCUAUUGAAAUUUCAAUCGGAGGCUGGAAAAUAUAGUCUGUUCAGAUUUUGAAUGUAAAGUCGCUUCUAAAGCUCCGCCCCUAAUGGCCCGAUAAGCCAAUCAGAGAGCGAGCCAUCCACAGAGCGUUUUCGAAUGACGUCAUUGUACUUGACAUUCGAAAUAUGAACAAGCUAUAAUCUCCUGAACUUGCUCUGAUCCUUGAAAAAUGAAACUACUCUGAUUCUUGAAAAAUGCGCUUCAUUUUAUCUCGGAACCUUCAAAAAAAAAAACCAAAAAAUAAAAUCCCAGGACAUCAUCUACAACGAUUUCCGCGAAUGGAUGGAAACGACGACCCCCUUGACCCUUCCCGAACUUUGGUACUGGUCCUACAUCGAAGAUCGGUGGGGCUGCGCGUUGAGCCAGAAAAGCAAGCUGACCUACGGCAAAAUGUGCACCGGAGAUGAACUCCUCGAUGUCCGGACCCUAGGUCCGAAAAAGAAAAAUUAAUCCUGAACGGAAUUUUUUCCAGGUAGAAUGACCAAAUCCGGAUACCUGGCUCGUGGCGUCGAGAGAUUCCUCUUCGCCAUGGACUAUGUCUACAAGAAGCUCUGCCCGGCUCAGAAUGGACUCUGCCUCGAAUUCUACGAACAAGGAAGGAAACAGAUCCUGAAUCAGCUCAAGAAGACUUCGAUUGAAGACGACGUCGAGAUCUACGAGUACAUGCCCGAUGUCAAUGGUGGGUCGAAAAAGGCCUUUUUUGCUGCCUUUUUGGGCCAUUUUUUGAGCUUUUCUGCUCCCUUUUUGCGGCCUUUUUUGAGCCUUUCUGCGACCUUUUUGCUGCCUUUUUGUUGCCUUUUUGCGGCCUUUCUGUGGCUUUUUUUGAGCCUUUAUGCGACCUUUUUGCUGCCUUUUCGUGACCUUUCUGCGUCCUUUUUUUUGAGCCUUUAUGCGACCUUUUUUUUUGAGCCUUUAUGCGACCUUUUUGCUGCCUUUCUUCGACCUUUUUGCGGCCUUUUUUGAGCCUCUUCCUUUUAGCGGCCAUUAUUCACCAUUCCGACAUGGCCCGGGAACCAAAAAAUGCGGGUUGUGUACUUUCCAAGUAGUGGCCACUAGAUUUUUUCCCAGUUUCUUUAAAACUAAGCCAUUUUUAAACGAAAAGAAGCCUUGAAAAAGUCCAAGUUCCAUUGGUUGAAAUUUAAAAGACUACAGCGAGAAUUAAAGAAAAAUGUUCCAGGACGCCUCUCCUACCAUCCGAUCGCCAACUGGACCCUGUCUUCUGGCUUGAGAAUGAAUGGUAUUUACCGCAGUCCCAGUGGAGCUCCCGUCGAAUCGAAAUGUCAGCCGCCGAUGUGCAAAUGCUUCCUGGACGGCGAUUUCCUGCAGGUAGAAACCAUGGAGAUGUGGAAAAAUGAGUUUAUCAAUGGAGCGCACUUGAACAUAAAAGAGGAGUUCUUCCAAAAAUCUUUGAAACUUUUGAAACUUUAUUCAGUCUUCAGAGUAGGUUCUCUGCUGAAUCAUGGAAUAAUUGAAGAGUUGUUCGUCGGUUCGCGAAACUGUUGUUGAUCAAGCGUAGACGGCGCGUAGAGCAUCUCGCCUCUCUUGUGCUAGUAGUAGACGGCUUUCGAGCGUUUCCGACGAUCACUGCUUCUCCAUGUAGGAACAGUACAGCGCCCAGCUUGUCCAGGGCUGACGGGCGUCGGAUUAAAUCUCAGACGAGAGCGGAAAUGAAGACCGACCACUCGGGUGGUAGAAAUGAGAUAAUAAUCAUUUCAAUCUUUAUUUUGAAUAGUUUUUCAAAUCCGCCGUUUUAACUGUAGAUCCAACAAUUAACAGCUGGAAAUAACUUAUUUAACUUUGAAAAAUCAACGUGUGUAGCGUAAAGUGCGCUCCAGUGAUAAAAAAACUGCGAAUUUUAUUUUUUUGAGAAAAAUUUUUCAGCUUUCCUUUUUCUUAGACCUUUUUUUCUGUCUUGUGGACCAUAAUUUUUUUGAAAUCGAACCAUUUUUUUGCUUUAUUUUUAGAAAAAAACGUGAAAAAAAGUGAAAAAAAUCGGAAUUUAUCUGAAAAUCAGAAUUUUUUUUAUUUUUUUAUGGCCAAGUUUGAUUGGAUUUUUUUCGAUUUUUUUAAAAAUUUUUUUCUAAAGUUUUCCAGCUUUAAAUAUAAAUCUCCGGUCUUAAAUUAACUAUAGAAAAGUUCCCUUAUUUUUCAGAGACCUCUGGAUUCGUUCGUUUUUGUGGCCGAUGAACUUGGAGCCGACGCCUCGACUUCUUCUUAUAUCAAAAGACAGCCGGCCUAUGGUUCCGAACGGGUUGCCUAUACCUCGGUUUGAACCUUCUAGCUUUGAAGUAAUCAAAAAAAUGCCGGAUUUUUCAGAUUCUGGAGCACUUGACGAUGGGAAAAUGGCGUGAAAACCCCCAUAACUACGCUCUGUUGGCCUUGACGACAAUUAUGGUCGUUAUCGCGGUGGCCGUGCUUCUUUUGGGUGAGAAGGAGAAAAAAGAGAUCGAAUGAUAAUGAAAAUGAAAAAGAUAAAAUGAAUGGGAAAGUUCGGAAAUUUUCCACGUGUAUGUGGGCUACAUGUUUGAAGCGAUGUUCAAUCCAAAUUUUGAGCUUUUUUUUCUGAAAAUCGUAUUGUGAACUCGGACCUCAGUAGCGCAAACCAGACGAGCCACGUACUUCUAGUGAUUCUUUAAGCGGCGUCAGAACUCUUAAGUGGUUACAAAUGCUCAGAAACCUACAGAGAGGCUUUAGUAGCUUCAAAACCCUUAAGUGAUCGCUUAAAAAGCUGGAGAACCUCCGUAGCGGCCCUUAAGUGGUUACUUGAAAUGCUCGGAAACGCUAAAAGCGUCAAAACUUUCGAACGAUUUUUUUUAAAUGCUCUGAAACGUACAGGGCAGCUUUAGAAGCCCUAGAACUUUUAAGUUACCACUUGAAAUGCUCAGAGACGUACAGAGCGGUUUUAAAAGCGUCAAACUUCUUAAGUGGUCAAUGCUCAGAAACGUCUUGACGGCGUCAGAACUCUUAAGUGACCACUUGAAAUGCUCAGAAACGUACAGGGCAGCUUUAGAAGCCAUAGAACUCUUAAGUGAUUGCUUGAAUCGCUCGAAAACAUCCAGGGCGAAUUUAGUGACGCGAGUACCCUUAAGAGGUAACUUGAAGCCUAGAAUGCUCAGAAAAGAACAGAGUGGCUUUAGUGGCGUCAGAACCCUUAAGUGAUUACUUAAAAUGCUCAGAAAAGUACAUAGCAGCUUUAGAAGCCCUAGAGCUCUAAAGGGGCUACUUGAAAUGCUCAUAAACGUACAGAGCAGCUUUAGAAGCCCUAGAACUCUCAAGGGACUACUUGAAAUUCUCAGAAACGUACAGAGCAGCUUUAGAAGCCCUAGAACUCCCAAGGGACUACUUGAAAUGCUCAGAAACGUACAGAGCAGCUUUAGAAGCCCUAGAACUCUCAAGGGACUACUUGAAAUUCUCAGAAACGUACAGAGCAGCUUUAGAAGCCUUAGAACUCUUAAGAGACUACUUGAAGUGCUCAGAAACGUACAGAGCAGCUUUAGAAGCCCUAGAACUCUCAAGGGACUACUUGAAAUUCUCAGAAACGUACAGAGCAGCUUUAGAAGCCUUAGAACUCUUAAGAGACUACUUGAAGUGCUCAGAAACGUACAGAGCAGCUUUAGAAGCCCUAGAACUCAUGAGUGUUCACUUAAAUUACUGGGGGAAAAUCCGGAGCGCGUUCAAUUUCCAUUACCGACUUAGGAACUCCAGAGUGGUCAUUAUAGGGGUCCUUGGAAGGUCCAAUCUAGGGACCACUUUGCCAACCCCUAUAGGGGCCACUAAAACUUGCAAAAGUGGUCUCUUUAGGGGCUCCGAAAAAUUCUACAAUAAAUAAUUUUUUUUCAGUGCUCGUCAAGCUGUACACCCGCGUCGUCAAGGGCAAUCAAUCCCUGGGGAUUUCCCUCCUCGUCGGAAUAAUCCUCUUGUACAUCACCGCAUUUUUCUUCGUUUUCGAUGCAACUGAUAUGGUUCUUUGUCUUCUGGGAAAUGAAAAAGAAGAUAAUUGUUAGGUUUGCCGCGCGAGAGUUGUCCUCCACGGCCUGGGCUACGCGAUCUGCUUCGGCGUCAUGAUCGCCAAGGCGACCCAGCUGAGGAACGCGGAAACCCUCGGUUUCGGCACCUCGGUCCACAUCUCCUUCUGGAACUAUUGGCAGCUGUUGUUCUUCAUCGUCGGCGUUCAGAUCGCCUUGUCCAAUAGGUGUCUUUUUGUGUCACAUAUGGUGGAAAGAUGGUUCUAGAGAUGAAAAAAUAUCAAAAACGUUGUUCUUUUUUUGCCACGUAAGCCAGUUUAGGUGAUUUCCCUGUCUUAUACAUAUAUUUUUAAGGCAAUUUUCGAGGUUUCAAAAAUGAUUCAUUAACCAAUAACUCACUUGAAGCGCUGAAAUAAAAAAUGGAGAAUUUAAAUUUUGAAGUUUUUCAGUGACUUUUGCUACCUUUUCAUGAACGCUUCUAUGAUUUUUGAAACUAUUAAACUCAAAGCUUAUUGAGAAAAAUUCUAGUGACCACUUAAGAGGUUCCAUAAGAACUACUAGGAGAGGACACUGAAGUGGCCACUGACCUCCAUGGAAGGCACUAAUUUGCGUGACAGUGGUCACUAUAAUAGUCUUCAGUGGCAGUAUCAUUUAGGCUCCCUAAGAGGCCACUGAAUUUUAGUCCCUUAAGUGGUCCCUUAUUUGACCGCUCUUGUGGUAUUAAAAUUCCGAAACCCUGAAGGGGCCACUCAAAUUAUUCCCCCCGAUUUUUUUCGUUGUACUAAUUUUUUUUAGUGGUUCAGUAGGACUACUUAGGCUCCUAAAGAGGUCACUUAAGUGAUCGCUAAAUUAACUGCUAUCGGGGCCAUUUGAAAACCCUAAAGGUGCCACUCAAGUUUUUCCCCACGUUUUUGCGUCUUAAUGGCAACUGUAGCACUUUUUAGUGACCCAGUAGUACCACUCAGCCUGCUAAAGAGGUCACUUAAGUGAUCACUAAUUUGACUGUUAUUGCGGCCACAAAAAUGAAAAAAACCCUUAAGGGGCCACUGAAAAUUUUCCCGUUUUUCGACUUCCUAUCGAUUUUUCAAGGUUUCAAUGAUUUCAGAAAACUGAUUUUCAGAUGGAUCAUGGAGCCGUUCAUGUCGACAAUUGGCGUAGUUGAUACCAGCUCUCAGCACAUGAUGUGCACGUUGGGAAAGUGCGAACAUUUUUUUUCCACAAGAAAAGAAAAAUUAUGAGUUCAGGGUCGAAUUCGUGCUCUCCAACAGUUACGUGAUGAUCCUGAUCUUCAUGGCUCUGUUCCUGAACACGCUGAAUAGGAACAUCAAGCGGAAUUACAAGGAGACCAAGUGGCUGCUCUACGCCACGGCGAUUUGUUUCGCCGUUUGGGUCGCUUGGGUCACGCUCUAUUUGAUGAUCGAUCAUGAUUAUAGGUGAUUUUUGGCAAGAUCAAUAGAUGAUCGAUAAGAUUGUGAACUGAAAAUGUUUGAGUUAGACCAGUAAAAGUGGGGAAAUGAUUAGUAGCCACUUUAGGGUUUUGAAGUUUCGGUGGUCACUAUAGUGGUUAAAAUAGUGUUCACUUCAGAGGUCCCAGUGGUACUACUAGACCACUAGAAAAUUUAGUGUCCACGGCGGAAAAUAGUGGUCUUCAAAAAGGUGGUUUAGUGGUCACUUUAGUAGUCAAAAUAGUGGUCACUUUGGAGGUCCAAGUGGUAUUACUUAACCACUAAAAAUUGUGUACACAACGGAAAAAAGUUGCCACUUCAGAGCCCUCUCCAAGUAGUCCUUAAUGAGCCUCUUAAGUGACCACUUGAAAUUUUCCCAAUAAGGUUGUGCGAUAGAGCGCACUACUCAGAGUUUUAUGUACUCGAGCCUUGCUAACGCGAAUCGGACGUGUCGGGGCAUUUCUAGUGACCACUUUAGUAGCCUCAGAACUCUUAAGUGAUCACUAGAAUCGCCCAGAAAGGAGCACGUCCGUUUCGCGUUACCAGGUUUACGGAGAAAUUUUCGCAUUCCACAAAAUUUCCAGAGAAACGGUCGUCGUUUGCGAGCUGAUCAUCUGCGCGACGGUUCUUCUCGGCUUCCUGUUCGGGCCGAAGAUCUACAUCCUCCUAUCCUAUGAACCUGUCGUCGUGGAGUUCAAGCGUGAGCAGCAACAUCCCAACCACUUGGAGCUCUUCGAGAAAGGUCCACCUUUUUGAAGAAGUAUCGAGAGAACAAGAAGAAGAUUCAGACGACGAAGUGCCGAGGGCAGUCUCCCCCGCCUCGUCGACGUCUUCUAACCGAUCGACGACGGGAUCCUCGUCGUCGUCGACCUACGCGUCUUCUAGAAGGACUGCGACCCAGUCCGCGGCUCCUUUGGCUCAGUCUUCCAGUGGAUCUUAUACUGAUGAGCAGGUAUGAGUAUAGACUAUAGUAUAGUCCAUUCCGCGCCAGCUUGUCACGAGACGCGCGGAGUGUUUUUGAGUAUGCGCCUUUAAUAUAACGGAAGUUCUAAGUUAAACUUGAGGAAGUGGUCCCUAUAGGGACAAAUUUAGGGGCCUUCCGCUCUAGGGACCACUAAAGCUUGCGAAAGUGGCCCCUACAGGGGACAUGCUAGUUGUUUACUGUACAGGGGCAACCUUUAGGGGCCUUCCGCUCUAGGGAUCACUCAACCUCCUCCUUUAAGCUUGCAAAAGCGGUCCCUAUAGGGGAAAUGCUUGUUGUUCAUUUUACAGAAGCAACCUUAGGGGCCUUUGGAGGGUCGCCUCUAGGGACCACUUAACCUCGCCCUUUAGGGACCACUAAAGCUUCCAAAAGUGGCCCCUAUAGGGGACAUGCUAAUUGUUUAUUGUACAGGGGCAACCUUAAAGGUCCUUGGAGGGGCCUUCCGCUCUAGGGACCACUUUACGAACUCGUAUGGGGACCACUGUAGCUUUAAAAAGUGGUCCCUAUAGGGGAAAUGCUGUUCAAGAAUCCUUAUGAACUCUAAGCGAAGAAGGAUGAGAAAAACUGAAUAAAUAAACGUUUUUUAAUUUAAAUUGAAGACCCCUAUAGGGUCCUCUUGAGCUUUAGGGGCUAAGGAGUCAGACUUUAAACACCUAUAGGGACCACCUCAAUUUUACCCCUAGAGAAGCCAUUUUUUCGACCCUAACUUUCGUAAACUAUCUUCAUUCAGGCUCCCAUCUUCCACACGGUGAUGCGAAAGAAGGGCAAGGUACGACGAUCGCAAAGCGAACACGAUUCACAGGUCAUCAGCAGCGAUUCUGAGCCAACCUGAGCAAUAAUGAUGAAUUUCAGCGCGUUUAUGCGCCGACGAUGCCGGUCAUCCGAAGUCCGUCGUCGCGUACCGGACCCAUUCCUACUUUGAGUCGAUAA